GGUACGCGAAAAAAAACUGAAAGGUCAUCAUAUCCUCACCCCUCAGCCGAUCGAAUGUUCACCGAAAAGGGGGACUAUUUCACGGACAGGGAAGAGGUUAAGCGGGAAUUUUUGUUAACGCUGCUUCUCUGCAUAUGCAGCACACACGUGGGUCAUAAAAAGAUAAAUCCACGAGACAGCUUUUCUCAGUUCAACUUCCCCUCGGUUUAUUUUCCCCACCGCGGUGCGACAACACCACAUGUGCAUAUACUACGCCACACCGUUCAUUCGAACUAGUUAUCUCACUAGUGAUAUUAAAAAAAAAAAAGAGGAACAGUUGGAGAGGGCAAACCUAGCAAAGGAACAAACACAUAGUGACACAAAAAGGAGACCUCCCCCGAGAAGAUCAAAAUGCAGAACGCAGCGUCGACCAAAUUAAACAUGGAAAAACGGUUUGACCAUUUGAAGACAUUCUCUAGCAAUAUCGCUGGGAUGAUCUACGAGUUGAAGGACUUGAUAAAAAUUCACGAAAUUUUAAUUUAUAAAGAAAAGCUCAGCAGCACCAAAAAGGAGCAGCUGCAGAAGCAUCAGGAUGAUCUCAUGGCGCUCAAGCUGGACCUCGAAUCGAUCAAAAAGGAAAACGAAAAUAUGGACGGGCAGCUUAAGUAUUACAAAAAGAUUGAUGAAUCGAUUAACUCCGAAAUUGUUAACAUGUCGGUGAACAUACAGAAAAUGAAGCUUGACAUAAACAUGCAGGAGAAGAAGUAUUUAAAAAAUUGUCUGAAUUUAUUGCAAGCACGUUUGCAUGUGAGAAAAAUCGAGAUAAAAAAAGAUAUCGACGAAAUGAAGAACGUAAGACAUGAUCUGUGA